AUGUCUGAGACGAAGAGGGUUAAGACUCCCCAGGACUUCUUCAUUGACUUCAUGAUGGGUGGUGUCUCUGCCGCUGUCGCCAAGACUUCGGCUGCCCCCAUCGAGCGUAUCAAGCUCCUCGUUCAGAACCAGGAUGAGAUGAUCAAGCAGGGACGUCUGGCAACUCCCUACAAGGGCAUUGGCGAUGCCUUCUCCCGUACCUACAAGGACGAGGGUCUGGUUUCCCUCUGGCGAGGCAACACCGCCAACGUCAUUCGUUACUUCCCGACUCAGGCUCUGAACUUCGCUUUCAAGGACUACUUCAAGUCCUUGUUCGGCUUUAAGAAGUCCGAAGGUUACUGGAGGUGGUUCGCCGGUAACGUCGCCUCUGGUGGUGCUGCUGGUGCCUCCUCGCUCUUCUUUGUUUACUCUCUCGACUACGCCCGUACGCGUCUUGCCAACGAUGCCAAGUCUUCCAAGGGUGGAGGAGCUCGUCAAUUCAACGGUCUCGCUGACGUCUACAAGAAGACCCUCGCUUCCGACGGUAUCGCCGGUCUCUACCGUGGUUUCGUGCCCUCGGUCGUUGGUAUCAUUGUCUACCGUGGUCUUUACUUUGGUGUCUAUGAUUCGCUCAAGCCUGUCGUCCUCGUCGGUGCCCUCGAGGGCUCGUUCCUGGCUUCAUUCGGUCUUGGCUGGGGUGUUACCAUUGGUGCUGGUCUUGCAUCGUACCCUCUCGACACUAUUCGUCGUCGCAUGAUGAUGACGUCCGGUGGCGGUGUGCACUACAAGUCGAUGUUCGACGCUGGUUCCCAGAUCGUUGCCAAGGAGGGUACUAAGUCGCUCUUCAAGGGCGCUGGUGCCAACAUCCUCCGUGGUAUUGCCGGUGCUGGUGUGCUCUCGCUCUACGACAAGCUCCAACAGGUCAUGUUCGGCAAGGUCUACUCUGGUGGUAUGUGUUAG